AGAAUCAUCCAAUAAAAACUGAGGGGGGAAAGGGAAAAAAUACUUUUCAUUUUUAAUGCUCCCUUUCUCUGUCCUCAUUCCUCAUAAAAGGACUUUGAUUCUGAGUGUUUCGCACCCCCCGUCUUCUUUUCCUUUUUUUUAAUAAAAAAAUCGAGCUCUUUUUGACGAAAGAAGAGAGAGAAUUGAGAAGCUAGGCUAUGGUGGAGGGCAGCAACUGCAGAUUAAUGGUGAUGAUGUGGAGACUAUAUUGGUUAUGAUGAUGAGAUGGCCGUUCUGAACAUGGCUCAACAAAGCAAAACUACCAACACCAACAAUGCCAACACCCCAAUUCAUUUGCAACACCAACAAGAAGUAAAGCCGACAAUGUUUCACGACUUCCUGGGAACGAAAGCUUCAAAUUCUUCUUUCGUUUUAGCCCCCAAGGCCAGUGAUGCUAGGUUUCCAGAUGCUUCCCCGUCUCCUUCAGCCUCCGUCGGUGCUUCUACUGGUGGCGGUGGUGGAGCUGGCCGUGGACCCAUCUCUUGCACAUCUGAUCUGGGUUCUGUAGAAAGACAGGUCGGAAAUCAUCUUGAGGGGAUUCCAUACUACGGUCCAAGGAGCGAAAUAUCUGGGCCAGAUAUAAGCAACAGUUUGGCAGGAAGUAAGAGAAGUAGUUUGGAUUCAGCCUUUUUGGCUCACGAAUCUCUUGAGAGUUUGCAUUUGAUGAAGAUGCUUCGCAAUGGGGCUGGAGAAGAGAGACCUAGAAGGUCCAAUGAGGACGAAGUAUUCCUUGGUAUGAAGUCAAUGAGGCAUUCUUCUACAUCUCGUAUAUUGCAGCCUCCCACUGGUAGCAGACUUGAAGCUAAUGCUACCAAAUGGGAGCUGUCUGUCCCCUCCGCUGUUCAGUAUGGUUCCCGUGGUGGUCACUUUGCGCCUUUUGUGCACCAAGUAUCUUCAAACAGGUUCAAGGAUACAAAUGUUGGUCCAUCUGUUAUCUCUCAGGCUGCAGCUGAUGAAGGAUCUAGAACUGGAAUUAAAGGCCCUGGAAUUUUGACUUCUAUUAAUGCUAGUAGUGUUCCCACUGAAAAGGGUUCAUUCGGGAUAGUGCCAAGUGGAGAAAGGCCAAAGUCUGGGGCUCAUAUUUCGGAAACAGAGUCUUUAGUUCCUCCGAGUCAACUGGGAUUAACAACUGCCAGCAGACAAAUGACUAUAUUUUAUGCUGGCCAGGCUCAUGUCUUUGAUGAUGUGCAUCCAAACAAGGCAGAUGUGAUAAUGGCAUUGGCUGGAUCGAACGGAGGAUCUUGGUCAACAACAUACUCUCCUAAAUCUGCUGUGAAGACAGUUGGUGAAAACUAUGUACCCAAUGGGGAACCUGAAGCAGUUGGUAGCAUCGCAUUCACAAGGGAACUUCGGGGAAAGACAGCCCUUGCUGGUAAUGUAAGUCAAGCAACCGGUUCCAGCGAUCGAAUCCCGAUACAAACAGGCGUUCCUCAAAGCACAGUUAUGUCGAUGGAUGGAAGAAAUCUGGUUCAAGCAGCAGAACCUGGCACUGAAGAUAAAAGAGAGGUAUAAAGUUUAAGCAUAGUUUGAGUCUGGAUAUUACAGAAAUUGCAGAUACCGACUUGCUGCUAUCCCUACUUAGUAGGAAGAGCUAUCUAUUUCAUGUCUGUCAUUGAUGCUGUAAACAUGUCGAAUUUUUAACUUAUUUUCCUGGUAGAGCAGCAUAUAAGAACAGCUUCUUAGCUGAGUCAAUUAGCAA